AGUUUUUUACAAAUUUCAAGUAAGUUUCGCCGAGUUCGUGCAAAAGUCGCCGAAUUUGCAUAUAUUUUGUACGCAACAUCGCCAAACCCGGGGCGACCCGUGGGCCGACGACUAGGAGCUAGGUCGCCCCCACGCGCCAAACUAGCGCCGGCUCGUCCCCAAGGGGCUCUUUUUCGGCGCCGGGGGGGGGCCGAAUCGGCUGGAGAUGCUCUUAUGACCCGUCCACUGGGCGCUGGAUCCAUGUGCCCAAGAUACCACCGGUUGAAAGCGGAAUCUGGGAUUCGCUUGCUGUAGGAACCGAGCUGCUGGUGUUUGGGGUCCGCGGAAGGGUUGCCUUGAGAUAUAGCAUCCUUACCAAUUCAUGGACAUGGCUGGCUGAUGCUGAUACGAUGAACACCCCACGGUACUUCUUUGGGUCAGCAAGUGUCGGUGAAAAGGCAUAUGUCGCGGGAGGCGUCGAUUCUUCGUUUCAGGCAUUGAGCUGCGCAGAGAUGUAUGACUCGGAGACACAUACUUGGACACCCCUUCCCAGCAUGAAUAGGGCUAGGAGAAAAUGUUCUGGUGCGUUCAUGGACGGCAAGUUCUAUGUGAUCGGUGGUAUUAGCAGUAGAAGGGAGCUAUUGACAUGUGGUGAGGAGUAUGACUUGAACCGGCGGUCAUGGAGGGUCAUCCACAACAUGUCUCAGGGGCUCAACCAGACAUACCUGGGAGCUCCUCUGCUCCUUGCAGUUGUGAAGAAUGAGCUUUAUGCUGCAGAUUACAGUGAGAAUAAUGGUUUGAAGCAGUAUGAUAAGAUGGACAACAAGUGGAUCACUCUUGGAAAAUUGCCUGUACUGUCUACAAAAGAAGGCUGGGACAUGGGUUUCCGAGCGUGUGGUGACCGGCUGAUUGUUAUUGGGCGUCCAAACAAUUCUAGUGACGAAAAGGUGGUUGAGCUUCAUUCAUGGACCCCGGAUGGGCAACCACCUCUGUGGAAUUUGGUUGCCACACGGCCAUUCUUGGGCGGAUUUUUUAAAUGCGCGGUGAUGGGUUGCUGA